AUGGCCAGUGAUGUGCCGCUUACCUUCACCUUACCGGAAGGCGUGGUCGUCUGGAUCUCGCGGGUAAUCUAUACACUUCAACUCAUCUCCUCGCCCGUCACCUUUUACUUCCGCACAGCCUGCAUCUUCCUCGCCGUAUCAUGGUUGGCCGUCCGAGCCUGGCAAGUCCUGCAUACUCCACUGGACGACCUGGCAUCACUACUCGGCUUCGACAUACCACUCACACCGGUCGUUGAUCUGGCGUCGAUCAAGGCAGACGGAUGUAUCCUUCGGUGGAGCCUUCCGGAGAAGCAAAAGCAGAAGAGCAAGCUCAAGUAUGAGAUACAUGUCAAUGGGAAUGCCGUGGAGCACGUGAGCAUACACGAGACUGCCGUCACCAUCACCAAUCUUCUGCCCAACACAUACUACGUCCUACGUGUGGCACUGGUCAACGAGCAGGAACUGGCUUCUCGUAGUGAGCCUAUCAGGUUCAGGACUAAAUCUGUGGCUACUCAGGACUUCUUCGUACCACAGCACUCGGCUGAUACAGGCGAUGAUGCGGAUCAGGAUGCAACAGGAAGUACGAUGAGUAGGAUGCCACGCGUCAGGGUGUUCCGUGGUCUCAAGGAUAUCGCACCAGCACCAGCCAGCAUUGACAACGCUCCUGCGCUCAUGGAAAGGCAGGGAAGCGGUAAUGGGCUAGGACCGAAGAGAAGUGUUACUGGUAGACGACCUUCUCCAGCGGCUCUAGGGCUCGAUGUCGAGGUAGAGCCACCUGUCGAAGAGACGGAGCCUGCAGAAGGGCAUGAGAGCAUCCAACAGCUCACCACGAAGCUCGAGGCUAUCAGGAGGGAGAUAACUUCGGCAGAGCAAUCAACGGAGAAGGAGGACGAGGAGGAUAGUCAGCUGAAGCAGGAGUUGCACGACGAGAGGGAGGAGCUGAAGACUCACGUAGCAGAGAAAACAGAAGCAAGUAAGACUCUGAAACGCGAGCUUAAUCUCUUGAUGCAGCACAACGGUACAGCGCAGAGUGAGCGAUCGAAGCAAGAACGCUUCCUCCAGCAGAAGAAGCAGGAACGCCAGAAGCAGAAAGAGGACAUGCUCAAGUGGGAGCAGGAAACGGCAUCAUUUCAGAGAGAAGCAGAGAAGCUCGAGGCCAGCAAAGCGGCGCAUAAGCGUGGCGUAGAGGAGGAGAAGAAUGCUCUACGGCUCAGACAAGCGGAUGAAGCGGGUGCGAUGAAGAGUUUAGAGGACCGGGUGAAGGAGACUAAUGCGGCCAUCAAGAAGCUUGAGCGCGAUGUCAAGAAUACCUCUCCGGACGGGACAUCACACAACGAGGAAUCGAAUCUUGUCCAGCAAAUGCAGCAGGAUGCUGAAGAGGAGAGACGGUGGCAGAAUCACAAGGCUGGUCUGAUUCAGCAAUACGGCUCUAUCCACCAGAAACUCGAGGCGUCGAAGCGGUUUCAUGAUGAACAGAUGCUGUAUCUCGAUAGUAUCCGCCGCCAGCGCCGACGCGAAGACGAUCUUAUCACAGCCGCGCAAUCGCAGUUUGGCUCGCCCCCUCCUCCGCCCCCUCCUCCGCCACCACCUCCGCCUGCUGAACGUAUGAUCCACCGGGGUGAUAGUCAGCGCAGUCGGCGUGCUGCUAGUGGUCAGAGCUCGAACAACAGUCCGCGCAUGGGCCAUUUCCCGCUUGUGUCGAGUGGGAGUUCCUCCAGUCCUUUCGCUACGGGUCUGACGAGUAUCAGUCCCGCGAGCAAUUUCCAUUCGGCGCCUUACUUCAAUCCGCAUAAUGGGAUGACUUUGCGCACGGAUCAGCCGACGGAUUAUAUUGGGAUGACGGAUGAGGAGAGGGAGAAGCUUACAGGUGGCGCGCCUAUGUCUCCUGGUGCUGGUGCGGAACUACUACCCGCGGAUCUAUUCUCUGGCGACGACGGCGGUCGCGAUCAAGGGUUCUUGCCUGGCCUGGGAGCUCUACCCGGUCUGCCUUCCCUCCCUGGCGGACCGUCGAUGCCCCAACCACCUGUCCUCGGAGCCGAAAGAGAGAGAGAGUAUCAUUAUCCCGGCCCCGCCAGCCCGGCCUCAGCCAGCAGUCGCUCCCCCUCCGUCUUCGCAAGUCCCCGCGCAAGCCAAAAUAACCUCCACCUCGGCAGCCCCGAGAACACCUUCCCGUCCAUGGACCCGGACCGCCGCUCCAUCCGCUCCACCCGCUCGACUCGAGCGGGUACAGCCGGAGCCCUGGGCGGUAUACCAGCAGCGAGUAGUCGAUUCUCCGGCCUCUUCGGCAUCAAACAGCGCACCAAAACUGCUUCCGCUGGUUCCGGAGGAGAUCUGGAUGGGUUGGCUCUGGGGAAGGCUCAGAGUCAUAGUAUGCCACGCCAGGAUCAGUCGAUCCCGGGGCUACUCGAGUCGCAGAUCCGGAAGCGGAAUAGUUCUAUUUCGGGGAUUACUGGGCCGGAUUCUGAGCUGAGUGGGCUUGGAGAUGGGUCCAGUGAUGUGCUUAUGGGAGAGCAACCGGUGCAGAAUCAGGUUAGUCGAUUCAGGGCUUUUGGUAUGGGAAGGAUUUUCGGCGGGGAUAAGGAGGGGGCGGGGGGUAGUGGUGGUGGUGGUGGUGGUGGUGGUACUACGACGGGGGGUUGGCCGAGUGGCUUCUCCCGGCGGCCGGGGAGUCCGCGUCCGGGGUCAACGCAUUCGAAUGAAUUACCGAGGCCUUCGGUGGAUAGUUCGCGCUGGACUGAUGUCGUGGCUGGCGGGGCGCGAAGCAGUCCUUUAUCUUUCAACACCAGCUGGAUGCUCCCUAGCAGUUCUUCUUCUGGGAGUCGACUCUAUGGGUCGAGACAUCCGAGUCGGAGGCCGAGUGUCCAGUAUGCUGCUUCUGGACCGCCGGAGGAUAUUAUGGAGGAUGAGGAUAGUGAUGCGCUCAGUCAGCCGGAUGUGCAUGGGACGUCUCGUCAGGUUCCGCCGUUGGCGCCUAUAGGGACUAAGCCGAAGAAGAAGUUACGAGAUGAGGGGGAGGAGGCGGCGGCGGCGGCUGACGCGAGUAGUGCGGCUGCCGCGAGGUUGAACCCGGCGGCGAAGGACUUUAAGUCUUUUCUUGGGAUCAAGAGUAAGGAUAAAGAUAAGGCGCGCUCGGCUUCUACGGCUACGGUGGCCGGGGCCUCGAAUACUGUUCCUGUGCCCUCGAGCAGUCUCAUCCCUCCCACCUCUGCUUCGACCCACCGCGACAUCGACUACGACACCGGCUCGCCCCCCGAAAGCCGCAAGUCCCGCUCCGACGCCCGUAGUAUGACGACCACGACCACCGAGUCCUCUCUCGCCGACAGCAAUGAAUUAGCCGGAGGUCAUCUGAGUGAUUUGGCGAGGACGUCAAGUUAUUCUAAUGCUUUGGAUGUUACGGCCCCGGGUCCUCUUAUUGGGAGUGGGAGUUUGGGGAAGGAAAGUUUCAUGCAGAAGAUUUCACGGAAGAGUUCUUCGGGGAAGUUCUCGCUGCCGACUUUUAAGCGGGAGAAGUCGAGGUUGGUUGUUGAUGCUGCUUCUUCCUCUGCUUCUUGGGCGGGGAAUAGUCCGAAUUUGAAUGGGGGUUUGACCACGCCCUCGGCUGAAUUGCACGAGGAGGAUGAUGGGGUGAUGGGGGCUUCGAUUGGGUCGUUGAGGGAUAGUAGGGAGGGGAGGGAGAGUAAAGAGGUGGCCAGGGGGAGUGUGAGGAGUUGGAGUCAUGUUCUCAAGCUUGGGAAGGGGAGUGGUGGGAAGGGAAAGGAGAAGGGGGAUGGGACGCCGAGUUUGAGUGGGUUGAGUUUGGCUAGUGGGACGGAGGAUGGGGAGAGUGUUGGAGGAAUGGAGGGGGAGGACGAGCGGUAG